CAUGCAUUUUUGCACAUUGCGCUCUUUGCUACAUAUAAAUCUCUGUAUAUAUAUCCCCUUUCUAAAUCUACUUACCACCGCAAACCAGCCUGAGUUGAACAACCCUUCAUCUAUAUCAGAAUGUUUUUCCUGCUUGCUAUCUCCUUCCUAUUGAUUGUGCCUUAUGGUGCAUCUCAAGGAUCGUACUCGUACUGUGAAGGAGACUGCAAGACUUCUUGUCAAUAUGAGAAUGUUGCCCUUCGUGGUCGUGCAACACAAUCCUCGGUAUUUGGUAACACAAAAUAUGGAUAUGUGUCAUGGCCGAUAAAUGCAAUAGAUGGGAACCCGGAUGCCGAUUAUUACCACGGGUCUUGUACUCACACAAACAAUGAUAUGUCCCCGUGGUGGAGGUUGGACUUACUAAGAAAUCACAGAAUUUCAAAAGUGAUAAUCACAAACAGAGGUGACUGCUGUGGAGAGAGACUGAAUGGGGGUGAAAUUCUCAUUGGGAGCUCACUGGCAAAUAAUGGAAACAACAAUCCCAGAUGUGCACAAAUUACUAACAGUGUAGUUCCCUUAACCCAAAGCUUCGAUUGUGAUAAUUUGGUGGGCAGAUACGUCAACAUUGUUAUACCGGGAAGACAAGACUUUCUACACUUUUGUGAAGUAGCGGUCUACGGAGUUCCCACACAUGAUGACAAUUUUUGUGAAUCAUCCGUAACAACACAAUGAAUUGCAUUGUAUCUAGCACUAUUUUCAUCUAUCUCUUCAGCUGGCUUUUAAUUUUUAAAAUAUGAUCCCCAUUCAAUAAAAUUAAACACUCUAUCAAAAUCCCAUGUUAAAAAAAUUAUUUCAAUUUGGUUUGAAGCAUUUUUCUAGCUAAAUCUGUUUUUAUUAAAAAAAAAAUGUAUUUUGCUUUCUUUUUUUUUUGCUAUAGGACCCCAAUGUAACGCAUCAGAAGAAGGGGGUGCAAAAUUAUUGUAAUCAAGCUUGGAUGAUAUAUGUUGCUUCUUUUUCUAAGCCAUUCAAAUUCAUUAGAAGAGACAUAUUUUAAAUUAGAAAAAAAACACAACAAUCAAAUAAAAUAAAACAAUAUAAAAGAAAAUUGUUAAAUAAGCAAAAAGCCUUUAAGUAGGAUUUUUUACACAGCAGAUGUAAAACAUGGAGGACAAUUCAUUCAGAAAUGAUGAUGAUUUUCUUAUGAUUUUGAAUGCAGUUUUAACAUUUAGCCAUUCAUUUCAUUUUUAUGAUAUGCUCAAUAAACAAUUUUCAUAUC